AUGACCGAAUCUUUAGACUUAGAGAAGCAUGUCUCCACAAAAUACUCUGAGCCAGAAACGGAGGAGUCUUCGCUGUCGGCUGAGUUCCCAGAGGGUGGUUUGCAAGGGUGGUUGACUUUGCUCGGAGUAUGGAUCGUACAAUUCGUAACGUUCGGAUAUACGAACGCCUACGGCGUCUACAACGACUAUUAUGUUCGAGAGUAUCUGAGUCCAAAAUACGCGUCCUCCGAAAUCAGUUGGAUUGGGAGCGUCCAGCUCCUUCUGGUCCUAUCAAGCGGACUUGUUACCGGAAGGGCCUUUGAUAGCGGUUAUUUCUAUCCGCUCAUGUACGGGGGCUCCGCAUUAUUCGUGUUCUGCCUGUUCAUGCUCUCCAUCACGAAACCAGAGCAAUAUUACCAAGUAUUUUUAUGUCAAGGACUGGGACUGGGACUUGCCAUUGGGAUUACAUAUGUCCCAUGCCUCGGCGUUCUUUCCCACUACUUCCGCCGCCGUAGGGCUCUUAUAUUAGGCAUUGCUUCUUCUGGGUCUGCGGUUGGCGGAAUCAUUCACCCGAUCAUGCUGAACAAAUUAUUCUAUGGCGCUGCAGGCUUUCAUCAAGGCGUCAGAGCCAGCGCUGCCCUCAACCUCGGGCUUCUCGCCUUUGCAUGCCUCCUCAUGAGAACACGGUUACCCCCUAAGCAGUCUAGGGGUCCAAGUGUGGUUCAACAGUUUUGGAACUUCAUCCACGACCCUGCCUAUGUCAUCAUGGUAUUCGGGACUGUGGUGACAAUAUGUGGAAUCUUUUUCCCGAUUUUCUUCGUCCAACUCAAGGCUGUCGUAAACGGCUUAGAUCCCAAUGUGGCCUUCUACACGUUAGCAGUCCUCAAUACUGCGAGCACCGUAGGACGAAUCGUUCCCAACUUUAUCGUGGGUCGCUUCGGUGUCUUCAAUGUUGUCAUCCCAUGUGUCGCCGCCUGCGCCAUCCUCAAUUUCUGCGCACUUGCGGUAAACGAUGCCGCAGGGACAAUCAUCUUUGCCAUCACGUUCGGCUUCUUCUCCGGUGCAUACAUUGGACUCCUUGCUCCAAUGAUCAGCUCGUUAGCACGAAACGAUGCGGAAAUUGGCGCGCGGAUGGGGAUCUGCUUUACAUUUACCGGGAUGGGCGGUCUUGUUGCCAUUCAUCUCUGCCUCGACCCUUUAUCCAUUGCUCAACGUCCCCAGGCAUCCCUUCAUUUCUGCUCUGAAUGUAACAAUCUACUUUACCCCAAGGCAGACGCGGGUCGCAGCUUGUUGACUUAUUCAUGUCGCAUCUGCGCUUAUGAAGAAGAUGCAGAGAACAAGUGUGUCUAUAGAAACGAUUUGUUGACGGUCACCAAAGAACAAGUUGGUGUAACGACAGACUUGGGAUCAGACACCACCCUUGCUCAUUCCAAUAUUCGAUGUUCGGCCUGUGGAAAUGAAGAUGCUGUGUUUUACCAGGAUCAGUCGAAGCGGAAGGAAACUCGCAUGAUUCUGUUCUUCGUGUGCACGAAAUGCGACCACAGCUUCAUCGAUCCGAGACUAGCCAGUAGAGAGGCAAAUAGUGGAGAGGCGACUGGCGGAGACAUGUAA